AUGGACUUCACCCGCGUCUCCGGCAUGGAUGCAACUGCAGCAUCCAGCGCCUUCGCUAUCUUGCAGAACUACUGCAAGAUCCAGAACAUCCGUGUGGUUUACGCCAACGUACGUCCCGAUAUCCGCGGUCUGCUAGUGAAGAACAAGGCUGCAGACGACUACAGUUUCUUCCCUACGACCGACGCUACUCUUGAGUUCUGUGCGAAGAAGCUGGUGCCAGACGCAGAAGAAUUGGCCCAGACUCUGCGUCGCGGAUACGCCAACGAGCCUGUCAGCUUGUUGCUGCAUCGCUACUUGGGUGAGCCAGACAACUCGAGGCUGCUUCAGGGUGUCGACCAGUUUUUCAGCAAGAGUGACGUUCCUGCUGGUCAUGAGUUCUACCACGUCGCAGAGUCCUCGGACCACUUUUAUUUCUUGGCCCGCGGAUCCGUUAACCUGCUCGUGAACGAAGACGGCAGUGUGGACCCCGGUCAACCUCUGACUCAGCUGCAAACUGUCCUGCCUGGCUCCAUGUUUGGUGAAGUUUUCUUCUUUAGCCAACAAGCUCGUCAAACAGCAGCCGUAGCAGCGGAGCCCUGCACGGUGUUUGAGAUGAGCCGCGAACAGUUCGACGCCAUGAAGUUGCAGGCCCCCACACUAUCCGUCAGCUUCCUCGACGUGGUAGUACAGUCCAUUCUGAAUCCUCAGACGUCAAAACGCGAUUACGGCUGCCAACUUGCCGCCGUGAUGGCCAUGUACGAGGUGCAGGAGCCGUGCUACUACUCCGUCCUCGAUGUGGACGUGGACGCAAGUCCAUCCGUGAUUGUCAAGGCGUAUCGCUCCAUGGCACUCAAAUACCACCCAGACAGGAAUCCAAACGCUGAACCGGAGCAGUUCCAAGCGAUUACCGAAGCUUACGAGGUGCUAUCCGACCCAGAGAAGCGGCGGCUGUACGACAACUACGGCCCGGCCCUCAAGCCUCGUCUGGGUGAGACUUUCGCCCAAUUGGCACCAUUGCUAUUAUCCUUCGCCACUGGCUUUGUCGGCUCCAGUGCACGCGCAUACAGCAGCUCGCUGAGUACACGAGCCAUGUUCGGUUGGGAGGUCUGUCUCAUGGGCGUCGCGGGUAUGUACUAUUGCUACCAACCCAGCGCAAAGGACAGCGUCCAACCACCGGUCAAGCCUCAGGUAAAACCCAAGAAAGAAGUCGUGUCUGUGUCCGACUAUGUGACUAUCACGUCGAUGGGCCUGUUGAUGGGCAAUUUUACAGGCUGGGCAGCCACCUCGGUGGUGUUACUCUGCAAGUCAAUUGUGACAGGGAGCUAG